UUAGGUAGCUCUCUUCCUCCCUCUUUUUCUUGGGAAAGGACAAAGAGGGCAGAGAAAGUUGAAGUGUUUCUAAGUCAUGCAAAAGACUAAAAAGUGAGGAAGAAUUGAAUUCCUUCCCUACCCUCAAGAAGAGAUUAAUGGCUUCUUGAAGGGGAGAAAGAGAGAGAACAUGCUUUAGAAGAGACAAAUUGCUUUUCUAUUCUUUCUUUUCUUUCUCUUCUUCUCUCACUUAUCACUUAUUUCUUUCUUUCUUUCUUUGGAGAGAGGAGAGCAAGAAAGAAAGAUUAUAUUUACAGUGGGAUGGGCAUAAGAGGAAACAGAGGAAAUGACUUGGUGUAAUGACUGUAAUGAUGUUCAAACCAUUGACAGAAGCUCUCCUACUUCUUCCAAUAAUAACAAUAAUAAUAAUAAUGCAAGUGUUCUUGCUCAAAGACACAAAGAAACCCUAAUUAGAUGCUGCCCGUCUUGUGGUCAUCAGAUCAAAUGCCAUGAUCAGGCGAGAAUCCAUGAUCUGCCAGGGUUACCAGCUGGAGUGAAGUUUGAUCCGACGGAUCAAGAGCUGCUUGAGCAUUUGGAAGGAAAGGUGAAGUCUGAUGCUCAUAAACUUCAUCCUCUGAUUGACGAGUUUAUCCCUACAAUUGAAGGAGAGAAUGGAAUUUGCUAUACUCACCCAGAAAAGUUACCAGGAGUUAGCAAAGAUGGUCUUAUUCGCCAUUUCUUUCACCGACCUUCAAAAGCAUAUACAACAGGAACAAGAAAAAGAAGAAAGGUUCACACAGACACAGAAGGUGGAGAGACAAGAUGGCAUAAAACAGGCAAGACUAGACCAGUUUUUGUUGGUGGAAAGGUGAAAGGGUAUAAAAAGAUUCUAGUUCUUUACACUAACUAUGGCAAGCAAAGAAAGCCUGAAAAGACCAAUUGGGUAAUGCACCAAUACCAUCUUGGCAACAAUGAAGAAGAGAAAGAUGGUGAGCUUGUUGUUUCAAAAGUUUUCUACCAAACACAGCCUAGACAAUGUGGUUCAGUCUUGAAUAAAGACUCUCUCUCUUCAAAAUUAAAAGGAUUACAGAGUGGGCAUGAAGGGAGUAAUAAUAGUCUCAAGAAUUCAAAUCUUGUUGAGUAUUAUAGUCCUUCUUUUAUAUCCUUUGAUCAAGGUAGCCAAACCAGAGCAAACCCUCCUCAUCAAUUGCUUCCUCAUUUUGCAGUUCAUGAUGGAUCUUCUUUUAUCCCUUGAAAAAUAAUAAAAAAAAGCACUGAAAAAACGAGGGAUUAUAAGAAGAUUAUGCAUGGAAAGAUACUUGCAUGCAAUGGAGAAAUAAAUUACUAUUAUAUAUGUGAUAUUCUGAAUUAGGGUUAAAAGGAAGAUGAAAAGAAUAAGGUUUCUUUAGCUUAAGACUUCUAGGAGCCACAUUCUUCAGGGUUAAAUUUGAAGAUUUUGGCUAGUUUAUUAUAACUUUUUUUUUUCUUUUUUAUAUGUAAUGCAUAUAUAUUUGCAUUCUUUGUACAGUGUGAGGAAGAGCUUAAGGUGUAAAUUUCACAUGGGUCAUGAACCUUUUUCUUUGAGAGACAAUCUUAACUUUGGAAACUGUACAAAGAGGAUUCUUACCUUAAAUAUUCUAACAGGUUAUACUUCAUUCCUGCA